AUGUCCAAGGGUCUAGUGAGGAUACGUUUGGCCAGGUUUGGGCGGAAACAUGCUCCGCAGUACAAUAUAGUCGUUGCAAAUUCGCAUAAGGCCCGGGACAAGACACCGAUCGAGGUUUUGGGAACGUAUAACCCUAUUCCACAGCCUUUAACAAAGCGAGAAAUCAAGAAUGGCGCCAUUGCAACAAAAGAUGUGAAGCUCGAUAUGUCUAGAACGAAAUAUUGGAUCGGUGUGGGGGCACAACCGAGCGAAACAGCGGCAAAAUUGCUAGUGAAAUGUGGUUUAUUGGGCACCGAAUGGGUCAAGUGUCGCUCUGCUGACCAACAGGUAGUGCUUCCGAAAAGAGAAGUUUACGAAUGA